AUGUCAGCUACAGACCAGGUGCAGCUAUCCAAUUUUGGGAGCAUCUUCUCUCUCGACGGCAAAGUCGCUGUCGUGACAGGUGGAUCGCGCGGCUUGGGUCUACACGCCGCCUCAGGACUUCUACAAGCCGGAUGCUCAAAGGUGUACAUCACCUCUCGCAAGAAGCAGGCCUGCGAUGAAGCCGUCGCAGCACUGAAUGCCCUGCCCAACAAGCGACCCGGUGCCCAGGCAAUUUCUGUACCGGCUGACAGCUCUAAUAUGGCCGAGUUGGACAGAUUGGUUGCUGAAAUUGGCAAAACGACCGACCAUGUUGAUCUCCUGUUCGCCAAUGCGGGUGCGACCUGGGGCGAGAAGUUCGAUACGCACCCAGAGAAGAUGUUCUCCAAAGUGAUGGAUCUGAACGUGAAGAGUAUUUUCUAUACAAUCCAGAAACUCACUCCUCUCUUAACGGCCAAGGCCACCCUCGAAAACCCAUCCCGGGUAAUCAUCACUGCCUCCGUGGCAGGUAUCGGCAUUGGAAGUAUCGGUGAGAAUGCCACACCAAGUUACUCCAUUUCCAAGGCAGCAGCAAUCCAUUUGGCCAAGAACCUGGCCGUUGAGCUCGGGCCGCGGCAUAUUCUGAUCAAUGCCAUCGCACCCGGCUUUUAUCCAUCUAAGAUGGCUAGUGGCCUGAUUGAGCUGAAGGGCGGAACGAAGGAGUUGGAAGAGUACUCACCCAAUGGCCGUUUGGGUCGGCCAGAGGAUAUUGCCGGCCUGGUGGUGUUCUUGUCAUCUCGGGCUGCGAGCCAUUUGAACGGGGCGGUUAUUGCGACCGACGGCGGCGCGGUGCUGAAGGGGCGUCUUUAA